ACAGCUCCUCUUUCGCCUCGCCUUUGCCUUCCAUGCAACAGCUCUUGCGAUCUUCCUUCACUGGUUUAGCUUAAAGCUGUUCAAGCAUAACUCAUCCUAGGGCGUUUGGUAAAACAGCAAUGUCAACAACGCGAACGGGGGUGGCAAUCCGAGCAAUCGUGGAGAUGCGGCUGCCCUUUCCUUAUGUUAUGUCGCCUUGCACGGAAUGCUUGGAGCUUACGGAUUCGUCAGGAACACUCGCGUGGCAGGCUCAGAGCUGACAGCUCGUGAUGCUGCUCCUGAAGCUCUGCAACAGCAGGCCGGCUCCAAGCUGCUGUAGCGCCUGCCAUGUUUCUGGUCGUUGGGCGCACCUUGGGGGGCAUGGUCAUUUUGUUCACGUGGAUUCAGGUGGCUGGAACUUGAUUGUUCUGGUGCAGAGGUCCGUUUGCCAGUCGGGAUAUCGCACAUGGCAUGCGUUUCCUAAAGUUGGCAUGUAACCUUGUGAGGUACCUUGUGAGUUAGGGUACUGAAGGGCUUGUUCGCGAGGAGACCACCUGCCACUUAUGCUACUCCAUGAUGGGGCCGGCACUUGCGAUUUAAGCCGCUGGUUUCUAGCAACCCUAAAGAAUGUUCUGUGCUAUGUUGGAAGUGCUGGCGUAUGGCAGCAAUGCAUUCUGGCGUGCUUCUAGUCGCCACGCUACCCUCCAGGCACCGCCCCUUGGGUCUGCGAGUGCCUAGCUGGCGCGUAGGCCUGCAUCGUGGCUCAAAAUACCGGUAACUAGGUUGACAUUUGUAUCCUUACUGCUAAUGUCCAUGCUCGUUUGCGCGAACUGCUCGGAAACAAGAUCGGCUGCCCGUAUACGAACAAUAACUGUGUUUGCGCAAACGCGAUCUCUGCCUCACAGGUGAGAAGAAAGCGUUUUCUCACUAGUGUUAGCGCUUAGCCUAAGGCACUAUCUUUGCUGCGAAGGCCUUACUUGGUAUGAUGUUUAGUUUGCUUGCUCCCUGCAACUUACGAAGCAAACGGAUAGUGUGAACAAGAAUUUUAAGUGAUUAAACACUAUUGACAAGUUUUGAAUUGGUAUAGUGCACCGGGGCCAAAGCUGUCGUUGCCGGGGCCAACAUGCUCAUAGACACCGGCUGUGCAAAGUGACAACUAACACGAUGAGCAUUAUCAUUCUUUUGUCUGGUCUGGUGCUUCUUCUUCCAGCCAUCCGAGCAAGCGAUGCUGGAGUUUCAGGAACAUGCUCGGGGCCGUGCACUAUGCAUCCGGCAUUUCGGGAGAGGAUCCGGAAGGAUGUGGCGUGGUUGGACGACAUCGGCGGCAUCACGGACGCCAUGAUUCGCAAUAUUUCGUUGGUGUGCAAUGUGGGCAUCAGCCACCAGUGCAACUCGAUGGCGGUACGCAUGAUGAUCAAGGACGGUGAGAUCUACCUCAAUAGCAUUCACCCGGACUGGCGACUAGGCCCGCCGGAAUUCAUAGGGUUCCUUUUAGAGCUGUACGAGACCAGCAAACUCUACAGGCUUCCCGAUUUGGAGUUUGCUUUCAACGGCAACGACGAUGCCGUCAGUCCCGCUUUCGACUGGAAAGACAGAGCCAAGCUGCAGUCAGUCUUCCACGGCGGGCCCUUUCCGUUACUGGCCUGGAGCAAAAGCGACGCCAGCUUUGCGCAGCUGGUGCCGUACAGCGGGGCAUUCAGAUGUACGGAUGACAGCUUUGACGCGUUGCUAACUCGGCUGGAUGACAUUCGGAGGGUGCCUUGGGCCAAGAAGCAGAAGGUCGCCUUUGGUCGCUGGAACCAGUUCUGUCCCAAUUAUCACUACAAAAUGCCCAACCUACCCAGCGGCGAGUCGUUCCCAUGCGCCCGGGGCUUUCUACCCAAGCUCGCAGAGGAGCACAAGGACCUAUUGGACAUCGGCAUUACAGGGGCCAACGGGGUCAGGCCCGUCCCCCUGCAGCAUCAAGAUGUCUUCAGGUACCUGGUUUCCACAGACGGCUGGGCCAUUAGUUCCAAGUUCGACAAGUACCUGCUCCUGGGGUCCACCAUUCUUAAGGCCACCUCCUCCCGCUACGGCUUCUACUAUGACGCACUCCGGCCUGGCGAGCACUACCUGCCCUUCCUCAACAAGUCCAGGCAGGAUAUCCUUGAUGUGGUUCGCUGGGCCCAGCAGCACGACGACCAGGCGGCAGCCAUCGCCGCCAACGCCCAGCAGUUCGCGGUUCGUCACCUGCACCGGAAUGCUCGGCUGUGCUACUACCGGAGCUUGAUCGAGGAGCUGGGCAAGAAGAUGAGGUACACCCCCGACUGCUCCCAACGCAAGCUGUGCAUCCCUCUGGGGCGCAUGCUGGAAUUCCUGUCCUCCUACCCCCGGACGGCCCAGUCUUGCAGGUACCAGGAGGUGUUUCUGCGCCAUGGCACCAGCAGCAGCCCCCCCAGCGCCUCGUCAGCCCGCCACCACUUCAGCGAUGAAGAGCUAACACUGCUGCAUCAGGAGGAGAAGCACUGGCCACGCGACACGGACAUACCGCCGCUCCAGGAGGAGCCCUACUUU